AUGUAUUCAAUGGGAGGAGCUAAGGCUGCAGCCAAUAAGCGUGAGGGACUCUUCGCGCUUCAUCCGUUGUGGUUGGUCUGUACUUCAGUUGUGCGGAUAGGCUCUAUUGGACUCACGAGAUAUGUCCGGGUUGUGUCUGAACCCCCCAUAAUGGGACCCGGUGGUGAUGAAGCAUUAGUGGGGGAGGAGGUGCCGCGGGAUUGGACGCCACAGGAGAAGGCUCUACAUGAAGCCAAAGUCAAGGCCAAAGCCAAACACCGAAUCAGACGGACGUCGUCACGUGACUCUGCGCGGGAACCCGACAUCUCCGAAUGCCCCAUGGAGCCCCUCAGUCCUCGGGGGAAAGUGAAUGAUAAGAAGUCCCGUAUGGGGAAGGGAAGGGGGCUCCCCAAAAAAGGUGGCGCUGGGGGGAAGGGUGUGUGGGGAGCCCCAGGGCAGGUCUAUGGAGAUCAAGAACUUGAUGCUCGAGACCCAAACUAUGACGAGUCUGAUCAGGGGGACACGGUGUAUCAGAAGGUGGUUCCUGAGUUAGAUGAAAUGGGACUGCAGAAGAACGUGAAGCCAAUGGUGCAAGAAUACUUUGAGCAUGGAGACACUGGGGAAGUUAUAGCUCUGCUGAAGGAACUGAAUUUGGGGACCAAGUCUCCGGGGGUGGCCCGUGUAGCAGUGUCUCUGUCCUUAGAAGGAAAGGCCAGUCAUCGAGAGUUGACUUCGCGGCUCCUGUCGGACCUGGUGGGAAAGGUUCUAAACCCUGAAGACAUAGCUCGGGCAUUUGACUUGAUACUAACUGACCUGCCUGAUCUCAUACUGGAUACCCCUGAGGCCCCGCAGAUGCUGGGCCAGUUUAUUGCCCGAGCUGUGGCUGAUCACGCGCUCCCACUCAACUUCCUGGAUCGCUACAAGGGCCGAGUAGACUGUGAGCAUGCACGAGCCGCUCUGGACCGCGCUGCUGUGUUGCUGCGAAUCAAACGAGAGAUCAUCCGACUGGACAAUGUGUGGGGAGUUGGGGGUGGCCAGCGACCAGUUAAGCAUCUCAUUAAGGAAAUGAACCUGCUCUUACAGGAGUUCAUGCUCUCGGGGCAGGUGGAGGAGGCCGAGCGAUGCCUCCGUGAUCUUGAGGUUCCUCAUUUCCACCAUGAAGUUGUGUAUGAGGCAGUGGUGAUGGUGCUGGAGGGUUGUGCCGAGGGCCGAGUCAUAAUGGCUGUACGACUGCUGAAAGCUCUGUGGGAGAGUGGCCUCAUUACACUGGACCAAAUGAACCGGGGAUUCCAGCGAGUGUAUGAAGAGCUGCCAGAUCUCAGCUUGGACGUGCCACUGGCACACGUGGUGCUUGAGAAGCUCAUAGAUCUUUGUUAUCAGGAAGGAGUCAUCACCCAGCAGCUGAGGGACCAAUGCCCUUCCCGUGGCCGCAAACGGUUUGUCAGUGAGGGAGAUGGUGGCCGCAUCAAGCAGUAAGGAACUGGCCCUAGGACUGGUGGAGCCAAUGAGGGAGGGCAAAUUGGGGGCAGCAACGCCUGGGAGAAAGUUAUACAACAGAACUUGAAUAAAGGAGAAUAAAAUUAAA